AUGGGAGAUUACCGACAUGAUAGGGAAAAGUAUCGGCUAUUUUGUGGAUUUCUGCAUAUAAAGACAGCCACGUGGAUCAUCUUGGGAUUGGGCGUGAUUUCGCUGAUAUGGCAACUCUUCCGAAGCAAUUAUCAACAAACGAAAUUCGGUCAUUUCACUUUUAUGCAUUCGAUUGAUUUCACCGAGGUGAUCAUGAUGACUUUCGCAUUGACAAUGCUUUUGUGUGGAUUGAUCGCCGAACGACAAUCAUUUUUGGUCCCGUAUUUGGUUGUACAGGUUGUCAAAGUGGUCGGCUAUUUGGUUUUCAUUGUCACCUACGUUUUGGACAAAUUUUUCAACAUUUUAGAUGACAAAGAGAAGAGAAAUUUAUUCUCAAAAAAAAAUGUCACAAUGACCUCAUCGGAAGAAGUAGAAGAAGAAGAGGUCGAAGAAUGGAUUCAUCAGAAUCCCGGUUGGUUCUUCGGGACGGUUCUCGGCAUUAAUUGUCUCUUCCUCGUCAUCGCCAUCAUCGCCCUUUUUGUCGUGAUCAAAUGUCGAAGAUACUUCAACGAUCUGCACUCUCAUCUUCAACGACAAUCAUCUUCCGUCUAUGCAUCAAACACAAAUCCAUAUGCAACAACAAAUCCCUAUGCAACAUAUCAA